CGCCAUUGGUCGGGGAGCCGGUAUAAACCGGGUGCUUUCUCGUGCCUCCUUCCAGUUGUGUUGUUACUCACUCACUGUACACUUGAAGAAUAGUAUGUAUAAAGAAGUUCACCACCAGGAAAUCAAACACGAGUGCUCACGAUCGGGAGGACUCCACGCUUAUCCCGAUCACUUCAGGGAACCGCACCUUUAAACCACCGUCGAAUUCAUGAGCACCUGAAGGUUCCUGUCCUCUGGUAGGACGUUGUAUAUAGUGUACAUAGGAUUGCUUGCCUAACAAAGAGAGGAUCCUGCUGGAGGGACCGUACUGUCACGCGGGCAGAAAUCAGACAGUCAGACUUAUCAGAUUUAUCCAAGAAUCGUGCACUACCCUCCACGAGACCGACCACGCGCACCCUUAACAGCACGCAUCAGCAGUAAUAAGGAGCGAGGAGAGAUUGAAAGGAAAAGAGAGAAGAGGGAAGCGUCGAGACAAAGUAAUUUGGACAACGGGAACCAUGAAGCAAGGGGUAUCCGAUGACUCUUCUUCACUUGGCGUGAAGCUGCUUACCGCAGGCACCGCGGCUUGCAUCGCCGAUUUGGUCACCUUUCCGUUGGACACCGCCAAAGUCCGAAUGCAGAUCGCGGGAGAAGGCCAAGCCGUAUUGCUGUCAGCGGAAGGCUCGGUUCUUGCAGUAAGAGCGAGCCAACCCGGACUGUUGCAGACCAUCGGCAACAUCAUCAGAUAUGAAGGCGCAAGGAGCCUGUACGGAGGUCUAUCCGCGGGACUCCAGAGACAGAUGUGUUUCGCCAGCAUACGGUUGGGCCUCUACGACAGCGUGAAGUCACUCUACGCUGGAAUCAUCGACGGUAAUAAUAGAGGCAACUCGCUGAACAUCGGCGUACGCGUCGCCGCGGGAAUAACAACGGGAGCUAUGGCAGUGCUGGUCGCUCAGCCGACCGACGUCGUCAAGAUUCGUCUGCAGGCGGGGAAUAAUGGGCAAUCAACGAUGAGAUAUAGCUCCACCAUGCAGGCGUACAAGAACAUUGCCAACGUGGAGGGCGUGAGAGGCCUGUGGAAAGGAACGAUGCCAAACGUCUCGCGGAACGCCAUCGUCAACGUGGCAGAGAUAGUCUGUUACGACAUCAUGAAGGAUCUCAUCUUGGCCAGCGGCUACCUCCGUGACGGAGUACCGUGUCACCUGACGGCCGCGACGGCCGCGGGUCUCUGCACCACCCUGGCGGCAAGUCCCGUGGACGUGGUGAAGACGCGCUACAUGAACAGCGCCCCCGGCGAGUACAAGGGCGCGAUCGACUGCGCCGUGAGGACCUUGGUCCAGGAGGGCCCGUCCGCGUUCUACAAGGGCUUCAUACCGAGUUUCGCGCGCCUCGUGUCCUGGAACAUCGUGCUGUGGGUCACCUACGAGCAGAUCAAGUUGCGGGUGAAGAAGAUGAACAGCGAGUGAGAUCACCCCCCUCGGUCCACCCUGAAGAGACCUCCGGCGCGAAGGAUCUAAUCGAUGUAAUCCGUUGUAAUCUUGCGUUGCAUACGCCGUUCGAAAUUGUUCUCGUUGCUAGAGGAAAAUUAGCACGCGCUUAAGCGAAAUGAAUCAAACGUAGAUGACUCGGAGAUCCUCAGUUGAUCCCGUCAGAGAAAUUGCGUGUUAACUAAAUAAGAUGUGGCUCUGCGCUAUCAGCGCCGAUGACGGAUACCCUCGGAUAUCGCUGCUUCUCUUUUCCAUUCGCUUCGAUGUAAAUGUAAGAGUGCGCACUGAAUUGUUGCAUGAGAAUUAUUUGCGCGUCUCGACGCUGACUGGCUCGGUAGCGAUAGGGCUGUAAUCUCGCGUUUCAAUUACUCUGACUUUUGUUUAAACAACAGGGUACGGCAUUUUAUGCAGUUACGUAAAGUACUCGGUGGGAAUUUCUCGGUUAUUUGUACGGAACCAAUUUUUUGACGACGCUUUAUAUACACUCGUAAUAAGGAAGAAGUUAGAGCUGCCAUCCUGGCAAGUUGGGUUACACGAUGAUCAAAUGGUAAACGCGCGAAACAGACAAUAAUGUUACCAGUUCAUUCCGACGUGUUUGUUUAUAGGUCUAGAUAGAGUCUCACGGAGAACUGUGAUCAUGUACUAACGACUUCUUCUUUUAGCGUUGCUUCGAUUAACCAUUAAUUAAUUUGUAAAUAGCGCGAUUCUUUCCUUGUUUGCACAUACGAUAUACGUAAUCUCUUGAUUCUGUCAAUCAAUUACUUGUACAGGGCACAAUUUUUAUCUCUCGACAAUGUUAUUUAGUUUCUCGACGAAUUUCUUGAAGCACGUAAAGCCAUGAAGUGAUUUCGCUUGCGAGAGCAGCGGCUUUAAGAAUCCUUUGUUAUCUGAUAUCGAAGUAUUAUGUGUGUUCGUUACUUGUAGAAUGCGAGAAUGUUUUAGAAUACAUUCGUGCAAUGCGUACGUGCAAAGUAUCGAAUUAUGUGACGAUAACUAUUCGAUCUUGAAAAUGCCAUAUACGUACCACGUACCAUGUACCACGUGACUGACUAUGUUUAAUUGACGAGGUGUUUUUACCAGAAAUUAGAUAAAUUACAGAUUUGCCUGUUGAAUAAUAAAAGAAUGCUUCGGUCAGAAAGCGGCGUAAGCAGCAUAUCUUAAUUUGCAUCAAAAUUUACAUGCCUCUCGAUACACUUGUGAAGAUCUCGUCGAAAAAUGUAAUUCGUGGAAUGCAAAUAGCAAACAGCAUCGGAAAACUUUACGUUGCAAAUUCCGAGGAAAUCACGGCUCAAUUUAUUUCCCACAUUCGCUGCAUAAUCACAAAUUACGUGUUAUAAGUUGUAGUAUAUGAGAAAAUGAUACAACUUUCUUAUCGCUUUAACAUCAUUUCAAAGCUAUUUUCUUAUUAUAAAAUUUCUCAAAAUACAAAAACUUCCCAAACUUUCUUACUUUGUCAGAUUUUAAAUGUGCAGAUGAUAGAAUUUUGCGAUAUCGAAUCUUCGAAUUUGAUUUACGAGCAAAAUAUUGUACGCGGCCAUACUAACUUAAUUAGUGCUCUCACGUCAUUGAAUCUGUAGCGGGUAAUCUCAUUCACAUUGUUAAACUUAUAAUUUGCGAAGCAUUAAUUUCCAAGAUAUGUACAAAUAAUUAGGAUGUAGAUAGUAUUUUCAUAGAAAAUCGUUUUAAACGUUUGUUACAAGUUUUAAAUAAAUAUUGCUUAAAA